CUCGAACAAGUCGCCUUCGUCUCCAUUCAGCCCCCCCCCUCCCGGAGAGAGAAGGAACCCAAUCAAUCGAGAGAGAGAGAGAGAGAGAGCGGCGAGGGCCGACCAGCUCCGGCGGGGUUCUUCUUGCUGGAUGUGACGAUCCAGGCGAGCUUUCCUGAGCAGACGGGAGCAGAGCAGAGCAGGGCAUUCCGCCGCCGCGAGGCCCGCGGAAGCUCAAAGCCGCCUCCCUCUUCUCGCUACAGGAUCCUCUUGGGCGGCGGUGGCGAAGCAGCAGGCGCUGCCGGCACUCGGCCGCGCUCCGGCACACGAGGAACUGAACAAUCAUCUUCCACCCCACAAGCUCAAGGGGGGACUUCGUCGUCGUCGCCGUCUGGCUCACGGGAUUCACCAGCCGGGCUUACUUCAAGAGGUAAUGUGCUUUAGGAGCCGCAGCAAUGGCUUCGCUUGUACCAGGGGUCCUCCUCAAGCUCCUUCAGCACAUGAACAGUGACGUGAAGGUCGCCGGCGAGCACAGGUCAUCCCUUCUUCAGGUGGUCAGCAUUGUUCCAGCGCUCGCUGGGAGUGAUCUCUUCACCAACCAGGGGUUCUACCUCAAGGUGUCCGAUUCGUCCCACGCGACUUAUGUUUCCCUGCCGGAGGAGCAGCAUGAUCUCAUAUUGAGCGACACAAUUCAGUUGGGGCAGUUCAUCCAUGUAGACCGUCUUGAGGCCGCCACCCCAGUGCCGAUCUUGAGGGGAGUCAGGCCAGUUCCAGGCCGACAUGCGUGCGUCGGCAGUCCAGAGGACCUUGUGAUGACUAGCUCCUCCAAUUUUCUUGGCACCAAAAAGGUGCAACCACCCAUCAAUGGAUCGAAGGAUGCCGGUGCUUUGUCACUAGAGAAAGAGCAGAGCAAGUUAGAGAAAAUAAAAGCUUCUGUGAAAAGCAAUGGGACUGAAAGCAAGAAACCACAGCUGACCAAGACGAACUCUUCGCUCUCGAAACAAGCGCUGGCUGGCCUUUUCGAUAAGAAGGAAGUGGUUAGCUCAAAGGUGAAGUCAAGCAGUGGUAGGUCCACACCUUCAUCGCCUACCAGCGUCUAUUCUCUACCUGCAUCGUUUGAAAGGUUCUCAAAUGAUAUGAAGCUGAGAACAAAAGCAAAAGGAGCAGAGAAGUCAUCACCAUCUAAGUUAUCCUUGUUAGAAAAGGCUGCUUCUGUGUUGAAGGUUACGACAGCAGGGAGGAAGUCCUCUGCGGGUAACUCGCUUAGUAAUGCUCUGUUAAGUAUUGAACCGGGACCAAAGGCAUUGAGAAGAAGCUGGGAAGGGAAGUCAGAUGUAAAAGGCAAAGACAAUUCAGCUCCGAAGGCAGUCAAAGUUGACAGGAAGUCUGAGAACAGGAGCACAUCGACUCCUAGACGAAGACCGCCAGCAGAUGAGAAGCCAGCACACAAGGAUGACACUAAGAUUCAGACUCCUCCCAGGAAGAGCACAGCAAGUGCUCCUUCAGAUGAUUCUGACAGAAUGGUGAAUAAGCAUCUUUCUCCUAUAAGGAGGACGUCUGGGGUUUUAAGCAACCCCAAUAUUACAAAUUUAGUGAAGGUUGCUGCAAAUAGCAAAAAACUGACGGAUGCAGGCACUUCAUGGACAGCACUUCCUCCAUCACUUGCUAAAUUAGGAAAGGAGCUUCUCAAGUACAGGGAUGCAGCACAAAUGGCUGCUGUUGAAGCCAUGCAAGAAGCUUCUGCUGCAGAGAGCCUGCUUGGAUGUCUAAGCUCGUACGCGGAGGUGAGCUCGACGGCGGAGGAGCAGAACCCGCAACUGACCGUUGAGCAGUUCCUCGCUCUGCACGCAGCCAUGUCGCGCGCCACCGCCGUCGCCGACUCGCUAUCCAAGGCAGCAGCAGCGGCAGCCACCGUACCGGACGGAUCGGCAGCGGGCGAAGCUGCAGCCGACGAGGAGUCACUCGCCGUGGUGGCAGAGCGCCGCCGCCGCGCGGCUUCCUGGGUCGGCGCGGGCCUCGCCACCGACCUCUCCGCCUUCUCCCUAUACAACCUCAAGCCUGCCCCCGCCGGCGCGGCCUCGCCGCUGGCCGUCGUGCUCGUCGACGAGUCAGCCAAGCCGGCGGCGGCGACAGCGGCGAAGGCGUCCCCGCCGGGGAAGUCGCGGAUGUCGCCCGCGAAGGUGGGGAAGGGGAGGACGACGGGACUCGCUGCGGCUUCGGCGGCGGCGGCCGCGGCGGCGCCUCCGCCGGAGUGGGAGAGGGGAGGCGGUGCGGAGGAGCGGGGCGAGCUAGCGAGGCGGCUCGGGGAAGAGGCGAGGGGUUGGUUCCUGGCCUUCGUGGAGCGCUUCCUGGACGCCGACGCGGCGUCCGCCGCCGCGCCGUGGGACCGCGACCGCGCCGCCAGGAUGCUCCCGCAGCUGAAGCGCGUCAACGACUGGCUCAGCGAGAUCGGCAAGCCGCCGCCUCCACCACCCCCGGAAACCGAUGCGGCCGCCACCGAGGUCGCCGUCUCGGCGGCGGCCAGCGGCGUGCCGGAGGAGAGGAUAGAGCGGCUGCGGAAGAAGAUCUACGAGUACCUCCUCACCAACGUCGACUCGGCCGCCGCCGUGCUCGGCGAGGCCUCCCCCGCGGCCACCGGGAGGAAAGGGUGACGUGGCAUGGGCUACAUGGCGGGAGGUUUCUUUUUCGGGCCGGGCCUUUUGCUUGCUGCGAUUUUCGUUCUGAAGGAGGUUUUUUGUUG